UGCAGCGCGGGUGCAAAGCCAAAUCCUUGCGAGAGGGGGAGGAUUUAUAUUUGUUCACACUUUUAUCCACCCUCUAAGUGUGUUUAUUCAAUAACUAAUAAUGGCAAAUUAGUGAGAGGGAGGAGUGGAAAGUGGUGGUAAAUGGAAGGUUUUGUUUUUGGGUGGGUUGAGAAGGAAGCACCUUUAAAAAGAUACAGACACUGGAAGAGAGGAGGCAGUGCAAGAACAGAUGGACUUAGAGGGAUUACACGAUUCAGGAUGGGUUUGUGACAUAAAUUCCCAAGAAAGACAGAAAACAGAGUCCAGAGUGGUGUGGAGACAGACACCCACCCGCUCCAUCGGUCGAGUAUCUCCGUCUAACUACUGGACGUGGGGAUAAAUGAGGGAGUGCGGCUGUGGAGGUAAGGAUCACUGACGCUCGUCCUGGAGGAGGUGUUCUGCUGACAGAGACAGAGGGGAAAGAUGAAGAGGGGAGUGACACGGAGGCUCAAGAUGGAGAAACUAAAAUCAAGUUCCUAAGGAGCUUUUUGAUUAAGGGCUCUUGGGAGAAGGCAGAGAUAACAGAGGAUUGAAGGAGAAAGAGAAAAGUGUUGUACGACUGUCGCAGUUACCUCGUGUUUGACCUGAGGUACAACAAGGGACAAGGAAAAGAACUCUAGCAGAGGGUCCAGCAUUUGAGCUCAUGAUGCGCAGAAGGGUCAGGCCUGAGUGUGUUAAUCAGGAAGCAUGGAGUUAUUAUCUUAGCUCAUAGCAUUGUAUGCAACAUUUCCAUUUCCAUACAACCCCUUUGUAAACACAGCUGGAGGACUUCUGUAACCUCAGGAAGUUUUGAGACUCUUGUAGACAAAUGGACGCUCUAGUUUUGUCCUUUUUGUGCCCUAUUCAAUAGUCAGGUAAUGAAUUUAAGAAUGUCCUCUAUCCCCUCUUUAGAUGUACAACUUAAAUGGAUAAAUUCCAGUUCAUUUAAAUGACCAUAUGCUGCUUCAGUGUGGCCACACUGCUCUAAAACGUGCACACAAGAGGGCCUAUAGGUGAUGUUUGGCCACAUCUUUCACCAUAGGGAUCAUAGCAGGGUAUCAUGCUAAUGCUGAUUGGCCUGCAUACUGUUAUGUCCUUGCAUCCCACUUUUCUCUCCCAGUGUAAACCAUCGUCCACCUAAAUCCCCCUUUUUUGUUAUUUUCUCCUCCCAUCUGUCCUUCCUUUCCCACGUGUAUCAACUUCAGAGCAUCUCAUCCCACUCUCUCCCCCUUUUCUCCCUCUCUUUAUCUCUGUCGCGCUGCAUUACAGUAUUGCUUCGUCAUCUGUGUUUAGUCAUCUUCAUCCCUCACUAUUACAUCACAUUUAUCUUUGUUUUCUUUUUAAACCUGGCAGCUCAUCGCCCCUUAAAACCUCCCCAAAGCAUCUGUUCUGCCCUCUCGGCUCCAUCUGUGACGGCUCUCCUACCUUCUGUCCUGUUUGUCCUGUCCCCACGUGCUGUUUGCCCCUCUCUUUGUUUCACCUUUUCCUCUCUCCCUCUCUCUCUGGCCUCCCCCAUUCCCUGCGUGGCCAUGCUGGAGGGUAUGUCCCGUCGCUCUCGCUCCCUGCUCUCCCUGACCUUGACCACUCUGGCUCUGGCUCUCUCCAUCCUGGCUCUCUGCACCUCGUAUUGGUGUGAGGGCACCCACAAGGUGGUGAAGCCCCUCUGCCUGUCGCCUGUCAAAAUGAAGAACUGUGGUCAGAACAACAGUGAGCCUUACACCACAGAGAGUCCCACUCAGAACCCCUUCAACCGCACCCUGUCUCCUGCCAGGAGGGAUGAGCUGGCCAAGAUCAGACAGAGGCAGCUGGCCAACGCGGUCCACUACAUCUGGGAGACAGGAGAAGACAAGUUUGCUUUCAGAUACUUCCACACUGGUUUCUGGGAAAGCUGUGAGAAACACAAUGACGGGGAGAAAUGUCGAAGUUUUAUAGAUCUAACACCAGGAGAGACACAAGGUGUGCUCUGGCUCUCAGUUGUUUCAGAGUUUACAUACAUCGGCCUGCUUGGGAUGGGCUUCUUGCUGAUGUGGCUCGAAGUCUUGUGUUCCCAUAAAGAGAUGCACUCGCUUAAAAUCAAUGCAUAUGCAGCGAUCUGUACUGUGUUAUCAGGUCUUCUUGGGAUGGUGGCCCACAUGAUGUUCACCACAGUAUUUCAGAUGACUGUCAUUGUGGGACCCAAAGACUGGAGACCUCAGUCCUGGGACUACGGCUGGUCAUUUGCUCUGGCCUGGGUGUCUUUCAGCUGCUGUAUGGGUGCUGCUGUGGUCACACUCAACUCCUACACAAAGACUAUCAUCGAGCUUCGACGAAGACAGAGGCUGCGUUUGGAGGAAGCAAGAGCCGCCACUCAUGCUCCGGCUUAUGAUGAGGUCGUUACAGGAGGAGGGCUCUACUCAGUAAGCGGCCUAUUGCAGUGCCCAGAGGGCAUGAUCGACGUAGCUUGGGCCCCGAAUGGCAGCGUGGUCGGAGUGGGAAAUGGGGACGUACCAACGCUGGUUUUGGUGGGAGGUUGUGGGCCAGACGGGUGUGAAGACUGUGAGAGGGAGAUGGAUGAGAUGGAGGAUGCCAUGGACCGGGUUGAUUCACCCUGCUAGAGGAUCAUUUAUAUCCAUAAACCAGAAAAAGUGAAAGAACCUUGCUGGAUGAUGUUCAGUGUGAGGAAAAAUAUAUUUUUCUUCUUUUCUUUGACUCUCAAUGACUGGACUUUCACAGAACUUGGGAGAAACUUACUGAACCGGAAGGCCAAAAUCUAAAGACUACAAUAUAUGUAGAGGUCACACUGACAUGCAAGACUGCGUGUCGUCUGGGUAUUUCUCAGUGCCUCAUGGUUUUAAGUAAUAAUCUCUUUGUGUUAAUUAUUAUAAACCUUAAUAUAAUUGUAUUAUUUAUGUUUAAACAUGCAAUGUUAUCUCUUUCUAUUGUUUUCUUGCAUUGAUGAGAUGGAUGUUUCUGCCUGAACAGCCGACCCCAUUAGAGCAAAAAUUAAUUAUGUUCUCGUUAAUUUUAGCGAAACAAUCAGCAUGUUUCGUUUAUCAA